AUGAAUUACCUUGGUAGUCCAUCGAAAAACCACUUAUCAGAUCAGAAGCAAUCUGAUCAACAUGAAAAACAAAAGGAUCCCAGUGUUUUAUUACCACCGAUUACUUCUCCAUCAAAGAAGUCUGAAGACUCGCUUGUCAGGUGUCGGAUUGCCUCGAAAAGUUCAAGUACUUCUUAUUCCAACAGCAGUGGUGGUGGUAAUACUAGACGUCCUCUUCAGAAUCUCAGGAAUGUGAAGGAUACUUCUGGAUUAGCUGCCACACGAAGACAAAUUGCUGCCAUCAUCUCAGCAACAAAAUUUCGAUGA